AUGUCUCGGUAUCGCAUUGACCUCGAGGGAAUAUCUCUUGGAUUCAAGGGUUUGACGUUUGCAUCCCUCGGCGAAGAAGAGCAGAACAUGCUGUUUGCGGGGCGCUUCGAGUCCGUGGGCUCAUCAAAACAGGUUAUGAAACCACUUUUGAGAAACCCCGAUGAAGCAUCCGCGGUCAUAUUCAUGGCUGUAACACCUGAGAGCAUGGUCAUCUUGGGUGCCAUUAGCAGCGUGCCCUUCUCACGAGGGAGUAGCCAUAUCACAUCGGCGGAUCCAAGUGAGAUGCCCACUAUUGACACGCGAUGCUUCAGCGAUAAUCUGGAUAUAGAGAUUCUGGCUCGACAUGUGCAAAGCUUGCACCGUCUAACUGCAGCUCCAGCUGUACAGCCAUUCGUGCAGUCGAGCGUAGGGCCAAAGGAUCCGGAAACAAUCAGGAAGCAGCUGCGUGAGGCGGCGGCAGUGACUUGUGACCAUGGAUGCGGCAUUGCGGCGAUGCUCCCCCGUGAACCAGGAAGUGGAGUGGAUCAAGAUCUGAAGGUGUAUGGGACGGAGAAUCUGCAGGUUGUCGAUGCGAAUAUUUUCCCGCUUAUCACCAAUGCAAACCCUAUUGCAACGGUGUAUGCGGUGGCUGAGUGGGCUGCCGAUAUCAUUCGGGGGAUCUGCAGAUCUGAGAUUGAAUCAACAGUUUUUAAUCCGGGAUCUGGGCGGCAUUUGUUUUUUUCCACGCAAACCUAUGAAAGUAAAGGAGAUGUGAAAGAGGGUGAAGGAGAAAAGGAUAGGAAGGGGCUACUCGGAAAGCGCUGA